CGGGCCCACGUGGCAGUUACUGGCUACUUGUAAUCUCGAAGCGUGUCCCCCCUCUUAACAUUCUCGGAUUCUCCCCUUCGCGGCUCCUCGCGAAUCCCAAAUCCGACGCGAAUUGAGAGGCAGGGGACACGAUUCGAAUCGAGACGAGCGCCAUGAACCCGAGGGGCAGAUAUCGUAGCACCAGAACUUCUCUCUUUGAUGGCAUUGAGGAGGGUGGAAUCAGAGAAACAUCCUAUUCUUCACAUGAGAUAGACGAGCAAGAAAAUGAUCAAGCUAUUGAUGGAUUACAGGAUCGUGUCAGCAUUCUUAAGCGGUUGUCAGGUGAUAUCCAUGAAGAGGUGGAGACUCAUAACAGAAUGCUAGACCGAAUGGGGAAUGAUAUGGAUACAUCAAGGGGUUUUCUCUCUGGAACCGUGGACAAAUUCAAGAUGGUGUUCGAGACUAAAUCAAGGCGGAGGAUGGGAACCCUUGUAGCAUCAUUCGUUACACUUUUUAUGCUGGUGUACUAUUUGACCAGGUAGAAGCAUCAUCGAUGAAGCUAUGCGGGUCAAGAACCUGCUGAAAAUAUUUGUGCCGGUCUGUUACGUCGCAGUAUAUACCUCAAACUCACCGUCCUAAAUGCGAAGUAUGCUGAUCUGAGUGUCGCGAAUUCUGCACUGUAUAACGAUUACAGCCUGUUGGAUCGACUUUUUGCUCUGUCGCUGUAACUACAGAAAAUGGAUUCAGAUUUGCCGUCUGUUCCUUUGUUAUACUAUUUGUAUGACACUAGUAGUACUUGCAAUCUUUACUAAGAUGUAUCCAGUUCAGUA